AUGACGAGUUCGACUCUCGUCGAAACGGUGAAUAUCAAUCUCGAGGAUUUCUCUGAGGCUUUUCUCACUUGUUCGACGUGUCUCUAUCAAUACGAUCAGGAAGAGCGCAAAGCGAAACUUCUCCCCUGUUCACAUAGUGUUUGUCUCUUUUGUCUCGAACAACUUCUGCAAGUACAACAAAAUGCAAACGCUCCAUCAUCAUGCCUCCGAUGUCCAAUGUGUCGAGAAGUUUGUGCACUUCCAUCUGGUGGAGUGGUUGCACUACCAGCUGCUUUUAUGAUCAAUCAAUUGCUUGAUGUGAUGACAAAACAAAGAAAAGACGUGGUCCCCCAUUGUGCAAUGCAUCCGUGUGACAACAUGCUGUAUUGUGAGAGUUGCGAUCUCGUUUUUUGUCAACAAUGUCAAGAAACUUCAUCAAAUAAGAAAUGCUCACAGCACACGGUGAUCCCAUUGGCAAUCGCGUUGAAACGAAUGAGUGAGAUUAUGUUGUACAGAACAAAGAGUCGUUUGAAAGCACUUGAACAGGCUCAAACGGCUAUCAACGAAGAAAUCCGGCUUUUGGACACUAAUGCCGACACAAUUGUUGAUCAAAUCAACUCCGCAUUUCAGGCAAUAUCACAUAUCAUUGAAACAAGACGACGAGAAUUACUUGAAAGUGUUCGUGUACGGCGAGAUGAUAAAAGAAAGGUUCUUCGAGAUCAAAUGGAAAGCCUUUCUGAUGAAAUGAAGAAAUUGGAUAAGGAAUUGGAGAGCGGAAGUCUUGAUGUGCGCGAGUUGGGUAGACGAAUUCGUGAAUGGGAAUCGAAUGGAGCAAGUCGAAUGGAUAUCGAACCACGAGAGAACGCUUUUCUACGAUUGAACACCAAUGACAGUCAGCUCACACAGGAAGUGCAACGCUGUGUCGGAGCAUUCGGUGCUUUAACAGCUUCAUCGACUUUCCCCGGUGCAUCGACAAUUGACCAAACCGAAUCAGCUACCACUCAUACAGAAACAUUAUUGAAAGUGACCACAUGUGAUGUAAAUGGAAAGCUUAGAAAUACUGGUGGUGAUCCGAUUAGCGCUUGCAUUGAAGGAGAUGGAUGUGAGAACUACAAUUGUUCGGUGAAAGAUAACGAUGAUGGAACAUAUGAUGUCAUUUUUCGUAUUCGUGAUCCGGGAGAAUACCGGGUAAAUGUGAAGAUUUUUGGAAGACCCGUAAAGAAUAGCCCGUUUUUAGUCACCGUCGAGAGCCACCAUUCACCAAGAUGGCAAUUGGCUGUGGAAUUGCGUCAACCGACCCGCGUUUGCCUUCAAGGCCCUCAUAUUUUCUAUGUACUUGACACGGGAAAUAAUCGAAUUCGUAUCGUAAAAGACAAUGGUGAUGUGAUCAAUGACAUCUUUUCGCCGUGUUUGGAGGGUGGCAGUGCUGUCGGAAUGGCUAUGAUCGAUGCUGAGCAUUUAGCCGUGCUAAAUUGGAAAACGAAAAGUGUCAGUCGGAUCCGAACAAAGGGAAUUGUUUCAGAGAAAAUGACUUUUGCCGAGUUUCAAGAGCCGAUCGAUUUAGCGGUGGAUAGAAGAGGACGGCUAUUGAUAGCUGAUGCUGACAAGGUUUUCGUUUUUGAUGCCACUUUCCGAUAUCUUUUCUCAUUUGCCGCAAAACAGCAGCAAAUCACUUGUGUCAAUGUUGGUCUAAAUGAUGAUAUAAUGGUUGGCACCAAGCAUGGACUUCAACUCUUUGAUGGAGCCGGGCGGUUCUUGAGAGAAAUCCCCGUGAAUCUCGAGGAAAAACGUUCAAUGAUGGUCACCUCGUGUGCGGUGUGUCCAUCCACAGCAAGAAUUAUUAGCGGAGUUGUCGAUCCGAAAACGAAUCGCGCUCAGUUGGCCGUCUCGCAAUACAAGGGUCAAUUCGUCUUCCACAUCGACUCAUUCGGCUCUCGUUUGAGGCGCCCGUGUGGUUUAUCUGUGGCCGGCGGGGAUCGAGUCGGCCAAUGUUUUGUUGUUGAUCAUGCCUGUCACACUGUUCGAAUUGAAGAGGGUGAGGCAAGAACCGAUCCCGUUGUCGGCAGUGAUCUCUCGGAUUUAGCCCGGAAAAAGAUGAGGCUCGACUCGAAUGAUGAUUUUAUGACGGAUUACGCUCAACAAGCAAAAAGGCUUGGUGAACUGCUUACCCGGGUUCUCAGCAUUGAAAAGGCUGAAUUUUCUGGUGCUAAUGUAAAUAACCUCAAGAGUUGCAUCGACGAAUUGGUCAAACAGGGAACACAAUUGAGUAAAUCUGGAGUUCACGAUCUUUUCCUUACCGCUUGUACUUCGUUUGAGCAAAUCGCUUCCACUGCCGAUCAACCAUCAGAAGGUCCAUCGAUUGGUGCUGUGCUUUAUAUUCCGAAACUAGAUACCGUGGAGCAAUCACCUGAAGGUCAAGCAUUCAGCUAUGUCCUUGGGAUUUAUAACCGGAUUCAACGGGAGCUCAAAAGCGAGUUUACUUUGGAAAACGAGUACUCGUUUUGUGAAAUAUUGCUUCAGCAUCUGUACUCGGUUACUGGGAUGCUACUUGCUGGUGAACUGGCUCCAAAAUUGAGCGGUCGGGUUGCUCGACUUGCCUUCUGUAAACGAAUGUAUCUAGCAUUAAUGCCAGAAGUAUUUCUUCAAACCUUUGUCGAGCAUCUUUGCUUAAAAGCGUCUUCGAAGUUUGUACAGAUCUUUGAUUUGAUCCUCACACAGCAAAAGGACUCGUUGGUUGGGCAAUCAGUGGUUCAUCAGCACGAUAAUAUUGUCGAUCUUCCUUAUAAGUUAAUAAUUGCCCUACUCAAGCUUCGAGUUAAAACAGGACAAGACUCUGCAGGGAAAGACGUUUUUAUCCGACCGUUUGCGGAUUUGAUUGCAAAUCGUGAAGACUUUGUGCCAGAAUGCUUAGGUGAUUUGCCUGGCCGAGAAAUUCAACGGACUUCUUUCUUGGGACCUUUCUUCGAUUUUUCUUUACCCUGCGAUGAAGGCAGUUUGAGAACAUCCGAAAAUUUCUUUGGCGUAGAAGAACGUCCGCGUGAAAGUGAACUUCGUGGAUUUUACCUGCCAUAUCAAAACCGAAUCAAUGCUUUCCGGACUCACUUGCUUGAAAUCAGCAAAGCUUUACUCGGAAACGUAUCAAGUAGAAGCCGAACGUUGGAUUUCUUUGCUGCAAUCAUUAAGCACAAUGCAAAAAGAGCUCAGAUGAGGGCUGAUUUCUCAAAAUUGGCGAGCCACGGCUUUAUUUUCAAUAUAUUGUGCAUACUCUACGAUAUGUCAUUUCCUAUCGACUACAAGAAGGUCAAUCCUAGUUACCCGCUUUCGAAAGGAGCACGUGUGGACAUAUCUGAGCAAACACGUUUCCAAAUGGACUUGAACGAUGCUCGCGAAUAUGCUGAUCAACUCUAUCCACCAAGCGCUGAAUCACCCCCAGAGAACUUCUCUACCGAGUGUUUCUUCCUUACAAUGCAAUGUGAAAAUAUUGGAAUGAAUGGCGCAAUCAAUCGAUUGAAGGGCUUGAAACAACAUAUUGGCACUUUACGAGAUAGGCUUGAGAACCUCGAAGAAGAACUACGAAGAAUGCCUGAAAGUCCAAUGGCAGACUUUUCGAAACAACAACUCAAGAAAGAAAUUGAACAUAUUAAGAAGAAUAAAACGCGUAUCGUUCGAGGAAUUAUGUGCUUUGAGGCUCUCAUACAAGAUGAAGCAUACCUCACUAAAGCUUUGGAUUUUUCGUCAAAACAACUUUCACUUUUGAUCAACGGAAUAAAUGGAGAUUUUACCGUUAAUGGAAUCUUGCCGCCGACGUGCCCCCCUCUUUUUGCCGCCUACCCUGAAUUUUAUCUCGACAAUUUGCUUGAUCUCUUCAGCUACUGCUUACAAAAAACUCCUAUGAUCUUGUCAAUGCAGGUCAAUUUCCCGGUACAAUUGCUAAUCUUUUUGUGCUCGCAAACUUUUGUUCGAAAUCCAUUCUUGUCAGCAAAGGUUGUGGAAGUAGUUGCUCUUGUGGCCCGAAUGCCUUUAUUGUGGAAUCCUUUGAUCAAUCAUCCAGUUGCACUUCGCCUCCUUCUACCGUCUCUUGUCAAAUUCUAUGCGUUUGUUGAGGAAAGAACCGAUUUUUAUGAGAAAUUUUCCAUCAGAUAUCAUAUUCAGACUAUUUUCAAGAUUCUUUGGGACAACAUUAUUUACCAGGCGACUUUGAUUGAUCUAGCAAAAGAAUGCUCUGAUGAUUUCAUUCGUUUCAUCAACAUGAUCAUUAACGAUGCUACUUUCCAUCUGGAUGAGAGCUUGGCUGGUUUGAAGAAGAUCCACGAUAUUGAAGGCAUUAUGAACAAACGGGAAGAAUGGGCUAGUAUGAACCAGGAAGAACAACAAGGAAAGAUGGAAGCUUUAGAUGAGGCAAAACGUAUGGUUCGAAACUGGUUGUAUUAUGCCAACUAUACCCUAGAUCUUCUUGGUUAUUUAACAGCCGGAGCUGCAGAGCCAUUCCUCAAACCGAUUCUUGGAGAAAGAUUGGCCACGAUGCUCGACCACAAUAUAUCUCAACUUUGUGGAAAGAAAUGCUCGGAAUUGAAAGUUCGCGAUGCUGAACAACGCUUCAAUUGGAAGCCAAAGGAACUUGCGACUCAGGUUGUGAUCAUUUAUCUCAAUCUUUCCGGGGAAGAGUUUGCUGAAUACAUCGCCAAAGACGAACGCACUUACAAACCUCAAUUAAUGACUGAAAUAAUCCAACGAAUGCUUCACUCUCGUGUUGUUUCCGAUACGCAUCGAGAACUUUUCACGGGACUUAUGCAACAAGCCGAACAAAUUUACAAAAAUAGGCAAAGUGAGGAAGAGGAAUUGGACGAUGCUCCUGAUGAGUUCUUGGACCCAUUGAUGAACACUUUGAUGCGUGAUCCAGUAAAGACUCCAUCUGGAAUGGUGUUUGAUCGAGUAGUGAUCACUCGUCAUCUAUUAACGAGCAAAACGAAUCCGUUCACUCGAGAAGCUCUUGAUGAUAAAGAAUUGCAAUCAGAUGACGAACUACGAGAACGCAUCAACCAGUGGAUUCGUGAAAAACUAACUGCGAAGGGUAAAAAA